AUGUUGUCUCUCAUCCGUUACGGACUUGAUGCUACCCCAUUUUCAUCGCCCGCUUCCGCAGAUUGGACUUCGGAGUCGCCCGUCUGGAGUGCUCAAUGGGGAAGUUUGUCGCCGGGCUCUCAAUAUUCUUCGGUGAGCGAAAUGGAAGAGAAGUUAAGAAUGAGAGCUACAAUUGAUGAACGGGCCGGCAGUAUAAGAGCUCUGGAAGAAAGUGUGCGAGCUGUGGAAGGGACAGUGAGUACACUUCAGGAAGAAGUGUCCCACCGAGCCGAAUCCAAGGCUCGCACGGAGGGUCUGUUGAAGCAGAGUCUCCAUAAACAAUAUGAAAUGACACUAAAACAUGAGGACGACCUAGAGGAGGCCGAAGCGCGACUGAAGCCCAGAGAUGACAUUAUUGUCUCUCAGAAGGGUAAGUAUAAUUAAAU